AUGGAUGUACCCACGCUGGUUGAUUGUCAGCGUGAGCUUCAAGUCCGCAUCUCACGUUCUGUGGAGUACUUGAAGAAGCUGGGCAGCUCCAAUAUCACCGCCAGCGCUAUCUCCACACGCACCAGAAUUCUGGAUCAGCUGUGGACAAAGUUCGAGGCGCAGCAUGACCUUAUCCGGGCGGCCUUGAAGGAAAAGUUCAGUGAGAGCGAGUACUUUAAAUCAGAGUUGCAUGCUGAUACGGAGAAUCUCUACGUGUCACAAAGAAGCAUACUAGACAGCUACGCUGAACACUUUCGUACAGCAAACGUACCUCCUUCUGCCGACGCCACGUCAAGGUCAUCACUGCCGCGUAUCAAAGUGCCGCCAUUUUCUGGUGCCUAUGCCGAUUGGCCGUCGUUCCGAGAUCUCUUUCUCUCCGUCGUGAGUGGCAAUGCGAUCUCCAACAUCGAGCGCUUUCACCACCUGCGCUCAUGUCUGACGGGGCAAGCUGAAAGGUUAAUAAGGUCAUUGCCUGUCACCAGCGACAAUUACGAUCGCGCUUGGAUGAAGGGAGAUACCGCAGAAGAAUUGAGACGUAUUCACAACGCCGUUACUGCCGCCGUCAAUGGUCAGGAGAGCAUCGGACGUCCAAUCAACACCCACGGAAUGGACCUCUUCAACUUCCUGGUCACCGAGCUGUUUGAUGCACGCACACGUCUUGAGUGGGAGUCGUCCACGUCAGACUCAUCAGAGCCGGCACAAAACGAGGCACUUGUGGACUUCAUCAGCCGCCGGAUCCUGACGCUCAACGCCGCACGACCGAAGAGCGCCAGCAAACCGCCCGGAGAUGCUCCACGGGUAGCCAAGGCACAUGUCACGAAGCACCAAGGAACCGAGUCGCCGCACUGUGCACUGUGUCGCGAGAAGCACACCUUGAUGACCUGCCGAGAUUUCAAGGCCAAGACUGUCAACGACCGCAAGGCAUUUGUCGAGAGUAACAGGCUCUGCUACAAUUGCUUAGGCAACCAUUUUCUCUCUCGCUGCCAGUCAAAGAAGAACUGUCUGACAUGCGACGCACGACACCACACGAUGUUACACGGAGCACCCACAUCGUCAGCGUCAACUGAAGCCACCCGCGCCACCACGUUGACUGCUACGCAGCAAAAUCCAGAGUGCAAGGCCGUUCUUCUUGCAACAGCACGAGUAAACAUCGCCGAUCGGUACGGAUCACCACAAGCCGUACGCGCCUUGAUCGACCAAUGUUCUGAGGUGUCGAUCAUUUCGGAGACCUUGGCACAACGUCUUCGCCUUCCUCGAGUCUCAACGGGCCUCUCCAUUUUCGGCAUCGGAGGGACUCGCUCGGGAUCCGCUCGUGGCAAGGUCACGCUGCACGUAACGUCAGACGUGACCAACGCCAAACUCAGCGUGGUGGCCUUUGUGCUGCCCCGCAUAUCGCUGCAGCAAGGCUCAGUCUCGCGGGAAGAACGCAGCUGGCCUCAUCUCAACGGACUCCAACUGGCCGAUCCUCGCUUCUUAGACGACGACCCAGCUGAGCUGCUACUGGGAGCCGAGGUCUAUUCCUUGAUCCUCGAGGAAGGCCUCCGCAAGGGAGAAUCAAGGAUGCCGAUCGCUCAGCAAACCAGCCUGGGAUGGAUCCUUUCUGGCGGCUACGACGCAGCAGCAGUCAAGGGACAUCGCCGCACCUUCCGGUGCACCGCCGAUCAUGACCUCGCCGACCUUGUUCGCCGCUUUUGGGAGCAGGAGAGCGAGCCAAUAUCUCAGGCUCCACUCACUCCUGACGAAUCCAAGUGCGAGGAGCUUUACGUGCGCACCGUCACACGCACGCCCACCGGGAGAUACAUGGUGAGGCUGCCCUUCUCAUCGCCGCCAACGACUCUUCAGGAUACUCGCCGCCCAGCGGAGCAUCUACUGAAAGCCAUGGAGACCAAGGGCAGCCGAGAUCUUCGCUUUGGCGACCUCUAUCACGGCUUCAUGCAGGAAUACGAGGACCUGCAACACAUGAAGAAAGUAAGUACUUCAACAACAACGGAGAAUUUCAGAUGCUACUUACCACAUCACGGGGUCCUGAAGGAAUCGAGCACGACGACAAAGCUCCGAGUCGUGUUCAACGGCUCUCAGCGCACACGGGCCGGCACUUCGCUCAACUCGCAGCUGCUGACUGGGGCAAACCUUCUGCCAGCGCUCACCGACGUGUUGCUGCGAUGGCGUUGGCACCGGUACGUCUUCGUCACCGACAUAGAGAAGAUGUACCGCCAAAUCCUCGUACAUCCUGAGGACUGCCGUCUCCAAACAAUUUUGUGGCGUCACAACAAGACGGACGAGAUCGGAGAGUACGAGCUGCAGACGGUGACCUACGGCAUGGCGUGUGCACCGUUCCUGGCCAUCCGAACUCUGCAACAACUUUGUGCGGACGAGGGAGCGCAGUUUCCUCAAGGUGCCACAGUGCUUCGGCUUGAUUGCUACGUCGACGACGUGGUCACCGGCACGGACAACCUCGACGAUGCCGUCAGCCUCCAGACGGAGCUGCGCAACCUCUGCAUGGCGGGCGGAUUUCCACUGAGGAAGUGGGCCUCGAACCAUCCAGAGGUCCUCACAGGAGUCCCACAGGAGCAUCGGCUGCAGCAAGGACCACAUUCCUGGGAAGGAGAGAGCCAUUCGACAUUGGGCCUGCGAUGGCGUCCUCAAGAUGACCGGUUUGCCUUCGCGAUACAUCCUCGGCCAGUCAGCACAUUCACGAAGCGACGAGUCCUCGCCGAAACUGCACGCCUCUUUGACCCGAUGGGCUGGCUCGCGCCUGUCAUCAUUCGGGCGAAGAUCCUAAUCCAAAGCACCUGGCUUCAGCAACUUGAUUGGGACGCUCCACUGCCGGCCAAGGAUGCUCGACAUUGGCAACAGCUGUUGGAUCAGUUGCCGCUGCUCAGCUCCACGGGUUUGCUGAUGCUUCCGAACGAGGAUACGCCGCAGUAG